UUUAUCAAGUGACGCGCGUUCGAUGUGCUUCGGUCUCAGUGUACAGUGUACGUUAAGCGACACGAAAUCAACCGACGGAAGAGUCAUAAAAUCGGACCGUCGUCGCUGCGUACCGAUUGGACUUUGAGCGGUCAAAGAUUGGAUUGAGAUGGUGGAUUCCUUCUUGUGCAAGAUAUAUCAGGUCACAGAUAUAUCGUGGUUGUCCUGCUGUGAGGAUCGUUUUGUCAGUAGUUAGACGUUCGAUACAUUGCUGGGAAUACCAAGCAGAAGCAUGUCGUUUGAGUUGGAUACAACACAACCGGAAUCGGAAGCCCUGGCUUUCGCUGAGAAGGAGCUCCGGGAGACUGAGAAUAACACGAAGGAGGGGCUCGCAGCCUUAAAGAAAUAUAUCGAGGACGACCAAACGCUCCAUUUUCGUAAGGACGAUGUUUUCCUUUUAAUAUUCCUGCGACCAUGCAAAUUCUACGCGAAGAGCGCCUACGAGCUGAUGAAGAGGAUCGCCGAGUUCAAAGAUAAAAACGCAAUUCUGUUGUCUAAUUUGAUGCCAAACGACGAGAGGGUCGCUAUGCUCGAGCACAACGUGGUGAAUGUCAUCAAAGGAAGAGAUCACAAGAAUCGAAGAAUACUUAUUGUUAACUGCGGAAAGUCCUGGGACCCGUCUGCUGUCAGCGCCGACCAAAUAUUUCGAGUGUUGUAUUUGGUUCACCAACUUGCCAUGUGGGAACCGCUAACUCAGAUAUACGGAACUGUCGUCAUAAUGGAUUUCGACGGCCUAAGUAUGAAACAAGUGAUGGGCAUGACACCAUCUUUUUGUAUGAAACUCUUGACGUUUAUUCAGGAAGCUAUGCCUCUGCGUUUGAAAGAGGUACACUUCGUAAAACAACCGUUCCUAUUCAACAUGGUGUGGCAGAUGUUCAAGCCCUUCGUGAAGGAAAAGCUAAAGAAACGUAUGUUCUUCCACGGCAAUAAGAUGUCUGCCCUUCAUGCAUACAUUCCAGUUAGUCACAUUCCGAAGAACUAUGGGGGCAAUCUGCCGGAAAUCGAUUACACCAGUGCCGAUUGGUAUCCUGUACUGCUUCAGCACGAAGAUAAGAUCAAAGAAUGGAAUUCGUACGGAUAUUGUAAAAAUGAAUAAUCAAUAUAGAAAAACGAAGAGACUAAAACAAUGAAGCAUUCGAAUUAUAUCUACUA